AUGGCGGCGACGGAUGAGCGGCUGCUACACGGAAGAGGAGGCGGACAGGGGGCCGAAGCAGGGGCGGUGGCAGCAAGGGCGGCCUCGGCGGCGGCCGGACGACCGGACGGCGGUGGCGGGAAUCAGCCAAGCACGGCCGCACGCGAAGGGGCAGCUAGGACCGAACAGGGGAGAGAGGACGGAGGGGGGGCAACGGCGAACGGCCAGGGCAGCAGCGUCGGUCGACGGUCUCCGUCCCUAGACGGGCGGUCGGACCGGCGAACACGGCGGCUGGCGAGCGCGGCGGCGGCUGGUGGUGGCCGACCGUGCUUGGCCGCGCGCGCACGAAGGAGAGGAGGAGGACAGCCGGGUCGGGGAGUCGGCUGGACGAACGGCACGGCUGGGCGGACGGUCGCGGCGGCGACGGGUGACGAUGGACGGGCGCGACGGAGAGGCGACUGUGGGGAAGCAGGGUGGUGGCGGUGGUUGAGGGGGAGCUGGGUGGUGGCGGUGGAGCAGCGUCAGCAGCAGGCGUCGGCCGUGGGCGGCGACUGGGCAAGAGGGAGGGGGAGUGGCACACGGCGGGAGACGGGCGGCGGCUGGGCCGACGAGGGGCAGCACCUGCAUGCGGCUCCGGCGGCGCUGGGUGGUCGGGGGGGCAACGAACGGCGGCGUGGCUCUGUUGGGGUGGAGCCGGGGUGGUAG